AUGGAGUCAAAAUCAUUUAACUCCGUAGAUGACGAAAAGCUAAUCGAAUGUGUCCGAAAUUAUACUGUUUUGUACAAAUUAAGCGACAAAAAUUAUAAGGAUAAUUCCGUCAAAGAGAACGCCUGGAAAGUAAUUUCACACUUCGUAGGAAAAAAUGUAAACGACUGCAAAACACGUUGGCGUACAGUAAGAGAUUCGUACAAAAAAAAUAUGAAAAAACGUAAAUUAGGUACUGGUUCAGCAGCUCCGACAAAAUCAAAAUAUAACGAUGAUGUAUUAAGUUUCUUAAACAACAUUGAAGAUGAAAGAAGAACUAAGUCGAACAUUGACUACAAUGAAAACUUAAACUAUUCAGAGGUUAUGGAAAAUGAAAGUUUUAAUCAAACUGCGGAGUCAGAAGAAAAUUGUUUUUCUAAUAAUUCUGGUCAAGUUUCAUUAGAAACAGAUAAUUCGAUAGUCGAUCAACCACUGGAAAAUGAAAUACGUGAUAGUUUGACAGACAUAUUUCGAAAACCGUAA